AAUAAGGGAGACCACAAAAUCUCUUAUCUCCAAAAUCUCUCAUCUCUACACGUCUUGGCUGUCUAAAACUGAAUCACUAUCACCUUCAACGACCUCUCUGUUUCUCAGGUAUGGCUGCUUUCUCUGCAACUCCAUGUCUCUCUCCGUUCCCACAGUCUUUAAGGAGACAACAUCUUCAUUCGGUAUCCAUUAAAGCUGAACAAUCAGUAGAGCCAGAGAAAGGAAAACCCACCAAAACCAAAACUAAAGAGUCUUCCUCCUCCAGCAAUGCUCAACCUUCAACGACAAAAACUGCUCCAAGGCAGAUCCCCAAGAAACCUGUUUAUUCAAUGAAGAAAGGCCAGAUUGUGAGAGUAGACAAAGACAAGUACCUCAACAGUGUCAAUUAUUUAUCAGUUGGGAGUAGACAAAGACAAGUAACACGUCAACAGUUGGUUCAAUGGUCGCGGUGGGAGAUUGGGGACUUAUAUCUUGGCUGCCAAUACUCGGCACCAGCUUGGCUUCCAACAGAUAUGCUUAUCAAGGUGUUGGAUUUACGAAUGUUUGAGACAGGAGAGCAUGCACUUGUCGCUUGGGUUGGGAUUCCAACUGCACCAGCUUGGCUUCCAACAGAUAUGCUUAUCAAGGCAGAGAAACUGGAUUACGAGAGAUUAUAAGACUGUACAUAUCACAGGAUUUGUCAAGCUUCAAGUUCAUACAGCCUGAAAGUUGCUUGAUUUAGCAUUAUUAUUAGGAUAAAACUACGGUAAAGAAUGAUAAUUUUCUGUAUUAGUACAGAAGUUAUUUGCUACCAUUAGAUGUUAAUCUUUUAAUUAAAAUUCUUUGGAUUGAAUUAUAAGCAUGAAACCUAUUAAGGGCUAAACAAGUUAAUUAUCCAAUAUUUUUUUCAUUUUA